AAAGAAGAGGAUUUCUUUUGAAAUUUUCUGUGUGAUUUUGGCUUUGGUACUUACAACUUAUCCAAAAUGUUGAAGUUCGUAGCUUUCCUGGCUUUUGUGUCUGUCUCUUACGCAGCCAUUGCAAGAUUCCCUGCUGAAGAAAAACCAAUAGACUUAGCUGGCCAAGACGGAUGUUACAUUUCCAAGUUAAAAAGAGUGUUGCCGUACGAUGUGAAGUUUUAUCCAAAUAUUGACUGCGCUGUGUACAUUUGCAACAAAUCAACCAACGAAACCCUUUAUGAAACUUGUGGAGCUAGAGCUAUCCGCGAUGGCUGCCGACGGACCGCCAUAGACAACAGCAAGCAAUACCCCGCUUGCUGCGACCAAGAAGUAUGCGACGGAUCCACCACAACUCCAACUCCAACCACAACUACCGAAGCAAGUCAAGAAUCCUCCGCGUAAUCCGCGUAUGCAUCAGCCCAGUCUGCUAAUGACCAAUUGGCUAGCCACCAAAAACUGGAGAAGACUUCUGGACCUAACGCUGAAGCUUACGCUACCGCUUCUUAAACAGUUUACACGAUAGUAUCAAUAAAAUCAAUCAUCCUGAA